AUGGAAAAUGUUUACAGUUUUCAACUUCACCUGGAAAAGACAAGGGCCAGGAGAGGACAGUCACUGACUUGUCAUGACAAGAAACAGGAGCAGGACAGCACGUCACUUGCUCAAGUUGCUGCUUCAGCGAGCGAUGGCUUUAGAACCCUGUCCUCUGCUGCAGCUGAUGCACCCCCAGCCACCUCCCUGCAGUCUGCUCGCUCACAGUCAAGGGACGCAGGUGCAGCAGAUGCCGACUCAUCCCAGUCCACUAAGGGCAGGGUACGCAAGUCCCCACCCGGGGAGCACAGACAUUGUGAGGGAUGCUUCAACCGCCACUGCCACGUUCCAGUGGAGCCCAGCGUCUCCUGCCUGGUGAUAAGCUGCCGCCUGCUCUGUGGUGCUACCUUCCACAUGUGCAAAGAGGGAGAGCACGCGCUCCUCUGCCCUUUCGAGCAGGUGCCGUGCCUCAACUCUGAGUAUGGCUGCCCCCUUUCCAUGUCCCGCCACAAGCUGGCCAAGCACCUGCAGGUGUGUCCUGCCAGCGUGGUCUGCUGCUCCAUGGAGUGGAACCGCUGGCCCAACGUGGACUCUGAAACCACCCUUCAUGAAAACAUCAUGAAAGAGAUCCCCAGUGAGGAGUGUCUGGACACAGCCCUGGCCCUGCAAGACCAGAAGAUCCUCUUCAGAUCCUUGAAAAUGGUGGAACUUUUCCCAGAAACUAGAGAAGCCGCUGAGGAGGAACCAACGGUGAAUGGCGAAGCCUGUUUGGAGGAAAUGAGAGGAGUGGUGGGUGGAGUGGAUGACGGUUUGGUACCAAAUGGCUGUCUGUCAGCAGCUCAUGGGGAGAUGGUAGAGCUGAGUCAAGAAGAACGAGAGGCGUUAGCCAAAACCAAAGAGGGGAUGGACCUGGCCAAGUUUGACAAGUGGGAAAACAUGUUCAGCAAAGAGCAUGCCGCCUCUGCUUUAACAAAUUCAUCAGCAAGCGGUGAGAGCAAGAACAGAAACGGCCCGGGGAAAGCACAGAUUGCCAGUGGCAAUGACAUGGUCAACGGAGAGGACACCUCCGCAGGGAAAGAGCCCCAGGAAGACCAGAAGCCGCAGGACUGUCAGGCAGCCAUGGAAACAACAGGGCUUGCCCCUUGGCAGGAUGGUGUUCUGGAAAGACUGAAAACAGCUGUGGAUGCAAAAGACUACAAUAUGUAUCUAGUGCACAAUGGGCGGAUGCUUAUUCACUUUGGUCAGAUGCCUGCUUGUACACCGAAGGAGAGAGACUUUGUUUAUGGCAAACUGGAGGCUCAGGAAGUCAAGACUGUUUACACCUUCAAAGUUCCUGUGAGCUACUGUGGAAAGCGAGCUCGCAUUGGAGACGCCAUGUUGAGUUGUAGGCCAACUGAACACAAGGCUGUGGACACUUCAGACCUGGGGAUCACUGUGGAGGACCUGCCCAAGUCAGAUCUCAUCAAGACUACCCUCCAGUGUGCGUUGGAAAGAGAACUCAAAGGCCACGUCAUCUCCGAAUCCAGGAGCAUUGAUGGGCUGUUCAUGGAUUUUGCCACACAGACAUACAACUUUGAGCCAGAACAGUUUUCCUCGGGGACAGUGCUGGCUGACCUAACCGCUACCUCCCCGGGGGGACUCCACGUGGAGCUACACAGUGAGUGUGUGACGAGGAGACACAACAAGAGCAGCUCUGCCUUUACUUUCACUUGCAACAAAUUCUUCAGGAGGGAUGAAUUUCCCCUGCACUUCAAGAACGUGCACACAGACAUUCAGUCGUGUCUCAACGGCUGGUUCCAGCAUCGAUGCCCCCUCGCCUACUUGGGAUGCACAUUUGUUCAAAACCACUUCCGUCCCCCGGGGCAAAAGGCAAAAGUGAUCUACAGUCAGGAGCUCGAGACCUUCGCCAUCAAGCCGGAGGUUGCUCCAGAGCUGAGUGAGGGAAGGAAGAGCAACCAUCUCUCGGGCCGUGGAGGAAAAAGCCAGAAUUCUCUAACCAGCCUGCCCCUGGAGAUUCUGCAGUACAUCGCCGCGUUCUUGGACAGCAUCAGUCUGUCCCAGCUCUCCCAGGUGUCCGUGCUGAUGAGGAAUAUCUGUGCCACUUUGUUACAAGAGAGAGGGAUGGUCCUCUUGCAGUGGAAGAAGAAGAGGUAUUCCCAUGGAGGCACCUCCUGGAGAGUCCACAGAGAGAUCUGGCAGUUCAGCAGCCUCUUCUCCAAAAUCAAGAGCUGGGAGUUUAACGACGUCACCUCCAUGUCGGAGCACCUGAAGGCCUGUCCCUUCAACGUUGUAGAGCACAAAACUGACCCGAUUCUUUUGACCAGCAUGUGUCAGUCCCAUGAGAAGCCCCGGGAGAGCUUGGUCUACACCUUUAGAGCCAGACCACGAGGAAGACACACCUCCUAAAGAUUCGAAUGCCACCAGUCUUGGAUUUCUCCUCGGAGUUACUGAAAGCAGGACAGGGUGUGGUUUUGAGGACUCCCCUCUGUAAACUGCAUCUUUGCUUAUCAGGGUGUAUUGGAACAUGCAAUGUCCUUUAAAACCUCCGCAGUUUCACAAGACCUAAGAAUUUCCAAAGCCAUGACU